AUCACUUCUAUUUGAAAAAGGAAAUUGAUUUUGAAAAUUCUGAAAAGAAACUUAAUGAAGAUAAUCAUUUCUUUAUCCUUUUUAUAGUAUAAAAAUGGAAAUAAUUUUAAGAAAAAUGAUAAAAUCGAGUUAUACUUAUCCUAUGCUUAAAUUAACUUUAUACCUACGAGAUUGGGAUUCUUACAUUAGGAUUACCUCCGUAUCAUAGCAAAAGGAAGGAUUUUAGGCUCGAAAAUAAUAAUCAGUAACGUUGGUUAGGUGAACUCAUGGUAAGCUUAAUGCCCAUGAAGGGUGAGGUUCAGCCGUACUCCACGAUCCAAUUUACGUGCAACUAUGACUAUCCAGACACGUUUUUCAUCUAUUUUAAAUUGUCGGCGCUUAACGGGUUUCCCGUAACGGCGCGAACUGGCACACCCGGCCCGAUAGUCAAGACGGAAAAGGGAGCUUUCCGCACUUGGUCCGUCCACGUGGGACAUACCGCUUGCAACGUGGAGUGUCACAUUGUAAACUACCGCGGCAAAGAACUGGUCAAGAUUGUGACAUCGAUUACGCCAGGUUUGACGGACUACUAACGAGAGCUUUCGUGCCUUGUCCGUCCAUCGGUGACUCAUGGCAAGGGAUCAUCUCGCAAUCGUGUCUUCGUUAUCGCCAGGUCAUCGUAAAUCAUCAUUGCAAAUCGUCACCGAGUCUGGUGAAGGAAUUUCCAUGGGUUAUAGUCUACAUUGUAGUUCAAUAGUUUUUUUUUCACGAUUAGUAGUUUUGUAUGAAGAUGCUUGGCACUCUUCGGUGCUCUGUAUCACGGUAUUUUGUAUCACAAACGUCCCAUCUGUGCCAAUAUAUAUUGAAACAUAUGUUCCGCAAUGAUUAAUACAAAUUAUCACUUUCCUUGAAAUAACCAUCAUUGUGCCAUGAUGUCUCGUCAAAAUGUAUGAUGGUGAUUGUAUCUUUAGGUGGUUGUGUCCUAUAGAGAAAUAUUGUUUCGAUUCUGUGCAAUGUGUACGUAAAAUUGUAGGAUGCGGUCUAUGUAGUCUCUGUUACUGCUCUUCAUCUUGUUUUAACGUAUAAGUCUGCUGUCAUUACGAUUUUGCACGAAAAUUUUGUUUAUCUCACAAUCAAUCUUUGCUGUCUUUCUCGCAGUGGGAGAACCGGAACCAACUCCUACGCCAAGUC